CAUGGUAACAUGAUAUUCUGCAUAUAUAAAUUUAAAUCGCUCGACCAAAAGUUUCAAUAAUCGAGUCCUGCUUUGUUCAAGAAUAAAAAAUGGGAAACGUUCGCUUCAUCUCCACCACUACAGUUCAACCCACAACCCACAAAGAUGAGUUUACUCGUAGAAUUGAGUUGACUCCAUGGGAUCUGCAACUUCUCCUGGUAGAUCAAGUCCAAAAAGGCCUUCUUUUCCACAAACCUUCUUCCACUUAUGAGAAUGAAGACCUGAAGAACGGUUUGGUCCAACACCUAAAGUCCUCUCUCUCCCUCACAUUGGAUAUCUUCUAUCCCCUUGCUGGCCGUCUUGCCAUCACUGAACAUGAAGACGACAACAGCUCCUCUUUCUCCGUCGACUGCAAUGGCGCCGGAGUAGGGUUUGUCCAUGCAGUUGCCAAUGGUGUCACGGUGGCCGAUAUCCUCGACCCAGUUCUGGUCCCUGAUGACAUUGUCUACAGCCUCUUUACCAUGAACGGGGUUUUGAACUACGAAAGCGUGUCGAAUCCCUUGCUCGCAGUGCAAGUAACUGAGCUGGUUGAUGGCAUUUUCAUAGGUUGCACAGUGAACCACUGCGUUGUUGAUGGGUCAAUAUUCUGGCGUUUCUUCAAUACUUGGUCUGAAAUCUCUCGAGAUCACGGUUUUGGUAAGAUUUCUCAACCUCCUCUCAUUUUCGGCCGCGAGUUUCUUGAUGGCAUCAUCGAUCUCCCAGUUCGUAUUCCCUUCUUCCACAAUCAGAUCCCUGAAAAAUUUCUACCACCGGGGUCCCUUCAACAAAGAAUGUUUCAUUUUCCAAAGGAAAAACUUGCACAACUCAAAGCCAAAGCCAAUGCUGAGAUGGGCACCACCAAAAUCUCAUCCCUUCAAGCACUCUUGGCUCAUCUCUGGGUCUCCAUAACCCGGAACAAACGUCUCAGCCCUGAUCAGGAGACCAAGUACCUCUUAUUGGUAGGCCUGAGGCAAAGAUUUCAGCCAUUACCUGAAGAAUACCUUGGAAAUGCGGUUCUACUCGGCACGGUGACGUCCACUGUAGGUGAUUUGCUCAAGCAGGGACUAGGCUGGGCGGCUCUGGAGAUGAACAAAAUGAUCGCUUCCAAGACAGAACAAGAAGUUCGAAAGCAUUUGGAGGAAUGGGUAAAGAGUCCCAAACUGAGCAAAAUGGGUACCUUGUCAGUCAACUCAUUGGCCACUGGAAGCUCACCGCGGUUCAAUGUGUUUGGCAAUGACUUUGGCUGGGGAAGGCCUCUGGCUGUAAGAAGUGGUGCUGGAAACAAGUUUGACGGGAAGUUGACGGUGUUUCCUGGGACUGAAGAUGGAAGUAUUGAUUUUGAAGCUUGCCUUUCGUCUCAAACACUGCAAGCUUUGGCACAGGACGCUGAGUUUAUGGACAGUGUGGCUUAGAGAGAAAAUUAGAGACUCCAAUAACCUAUUAGUGAAUUAAUAAUAAAGUUUCCAUGUCUUUGACUGAUUUGUUGGUUUCUAAAUUGUGCUCAUGUUUUAUCUGCUGUUCCAUUCAAAGCCCCGGUAGUUUAGAUUAGUUCUCUUGUUUUAUUAAAUAGUUUGUGUUAAAAAGUAAUUAUGAUUAAGAAGAGCCAGUGUUUGCAACAGGGAAUUCAAAUAA